CGCGGCCAUGGAGGCUUCGCACUGUUCGUGCACCGAGCUCUCGUCGUCGAGCUACAUCACGCAGGACUUUUGUCGUGAAAACUCAGCACGCAUGCUUUGCAGUAUCCUCGGCGUAUGCGGGACGUGGGGCUGCGGCCUCCACGACUUCAUGUGCCCACGCUACGAGUGGGACCGACACUACCCUUGCGCAGGUGCGUUCACGCAACCGUCAUUGCUGCUUUUGCUGUGCUUGGGGAUGUUGCAUUUGCUAUACAGCAGCUAA